AUGGCGGAGGAAAGGUUGUGGGCGGCGGCGGAGGAGGAGGCGGCGGAAGCGGAAGAAGAAAUGGAAGAAGAGCAGCCAGGAUCGAGCUCGACUCUCGAACGAGUCGCCGCUGCGAAGAAAUUCAUCGAGAACCAUUACAAAACCCAUAUGAAAGACAUGGAGCAGCGCAGAAUUAGACGCGAAGAGCUUGAAAGGGAAUUAGCUAAUUCAGGUGUGCCAGAAGAAGAGCGGAUAGAUCUUUUGAAGGAGUUGGAGAGAAAAGAAACUGAGUAUAUGCGGCUUAAGAGGCACAAGAUUUCUGUGGAUGAUUUUGAGCUCUUAAUCAUUAUUGGGAGAGGAGCCUUUGGAGAGGUUAGACUAUGCCGGGAGAAGAUAACUGGCGAUAUUUAUGCGAUGAAAAAGUUGAAAAAGUCAGAAAUGCUUAGCAGAGGACAGGUUGAACAUGUCAGAGCAGAGAGGAAUCUGCUUGCAGAAGUUGCCAGCAACUACAUCGUCAAACUUUAUUGUUCAUUUCAAGAUGCAGAAUACUUGUAUCUAGUAAUGGAGUACCUACCUGGUGGCGAUAUAAUGACCUUACUAAUGAGAGAAGAGACUCUAACUGAAACUGUAGCUAGAUUUUAUAUCGCACAAAGUGUUCUAGCAAUAGAAUCGAUCCACAAGCACAAUUACAUUCACAGGGAUAUUAAACCUGACAACCUUCUCCUUGAUAAACACGGGCACAUGAAGCUCUCUGAUUUUGGCCUCUGCAAGCCUCUUGACUGUUCGAAUUUCUCUCCUCUGAGAAAUGAACAAAUGACAGAAGAGAACUUAAAUCGAUCAGCUGUUGCUAAUGGAUGUCUCCCUGACAAGGGGGAUGGAAGCCAAUGGAAGAGUCCUCUUGAACAGAUGCAACAUUGGCAAAUGAACAGGAGAACACAGGCAUUUUCGACUGUUGGCACACCAGAUUACAUCGCGCCAGAAGUACUAUUGAAGAAAGGCUAUGGCGUUGAGUGUGAUUGGUGGUCACUAGGUGCUAUUAUGUACGAAAUGCUUGUCGGUUAUCCACCAUUCUAUUCUGAUGAACCAAUAACAACUUGCAAAAAGAUUGUGCAAUGGAGAAAAUAUCUGAGAUUUCCACCUCAAGCAAGGAUCUCUCCUGAGGCAAAGGACUUGAUACAUCGUUUGCUUCGAGAUGCUAACACAAGGCUAGGUUCUCUUGGUGCAGAUGAAAUAAAGGCUCAUCCAUGGUUCAAGGGUAUCAAUUGGGACGCACUUUAUGACAGGGAAGCUGCAUAUAAACCACUGGUCACCGAUGAGCUUGAUACUCAGAAUUUUAUGAAGUAUGACGAGGUGGAUCCCCCGCCAUCAAAAUCGAGUUUUGGGGUUUGGAGGAAGGUGCGCACUCCAAAAGACGCGAGUUUUGUUGGUUACACUUACAGAAACUUCGAGGGCGUCAAAGGCCUAAAAAAGAAAAAGAACAAAUCCAGGGAUCGCUUAUCGACAGAUUCCACCCAGAGCGACUCGGUUUUAGAUUACUCAGAAUCGACUCCCUCUGACAACGAGGAAGUCCUUCACCGGACGCCUUCGGUUGAUGCUCUCAUUGAGAUGGUUUGAAGGCAUAAUCUGCAGGGUAACUAUUACAUACCUUCCCCAGCUCGUGUUUUUGGCUACUAAUAAUGUCAAAUAUUCGAUGGUAGGCUUGUGUUUUCGUAGG